CAGCUGCACUCUCUACUAUAUCCUAUUUACUGUCUGUACUAUACACAGAGCUGUGAGACAAGGAUAUCAAUGCAUCGAUAGCUUCCCUCCUGCUUUAAGGUAUAGAAUUCCUCCCAGCCUACACAGUGUUAAAUCAUCCUAGGCUUGUCAAGACUCCAGCCUACACUCAUGACAAACCCCCCUUGUGUACGAGUUUGAAACGCUGCCAGUGCACUCAGCUUUGGAACUUCUUGUGUCGUCGCUCACUUUCUUUCAGGAUUUCUGCAGCUUUCACCAGAGCAGUGCCCUGUAACGUUCGAGUCGUGAGGCAACGAUGGACUCCCUGGACCACCACAACCACAGCCUGUCUUUGAACGAGUCGGAAGCAGACUACUUUGAGUUCUUUCAUCCCAACUGCCAGGUCACACUGAACCACAACAGCAAGAAGAUUGCUCUCUUUGUGCUCUUCCUGGUCAUCUUCAUGGCUGGGCUGCUGCAGAACCUGCUGGUCAUCUGGGUCAACUGGCACUCGCGGCGAGCUAAGGACAGCUCCUUCAACCUCUACAUCUUCAACUUGGCCUUGGCUGACCUGUGUGUGGUUCUGGUCAUCCCUUUCUGGCAGGUGGACAUCCUGUUGGAAUACACCUGGCUGUGGGGGGUCUUCUUCUGCAAGUUCACCCAUUUCUUCUACUACGCCAACAUGUACGCCAGCAUCUUCUUCCUUACUGCUCUCACAGUGGACCGCUACCUUUCCGCCACCUCCAAAUGGCCCUUCUGGCACAGACGUCAAGAGCUCAUCCGAAGGGUGGUUUGUGGGUCCAUCUGGGCUCUGGCUUUGGUGCUACCCAUUGCUGAGACCAUCCAUGUGAAGCUUACCGAUUUCAACGAACCCAUGUGCAUGUUCUUGGCUCCCUGGGAAAGCUUCGAAGCCUGGUCUUUAGCCAUGACCCUGCUGAAUUUCAUCUUCGGGUUCUUAAUCCCCUUCCCCAUCAUGCUGGUCUUUAACCUGUUAACAUCCAGGAAGCUGCGGUCUGCAGGCACAGCAGAGAGCAGGAGGCACUGUCUUCUCAUUUACACCUACAUCCUGGUCUUUGUGUUGAGCUGGCUCCCCUUCCACAUUGUGCUCCUCCUCCUCACCGUGCACAGCACACACUCCCUGUUGGACUGCUACUCCCUUCAUGUGCUCUCCUUCUUUUACGAGGUCAUCGAGUGCCUCUCCAUGCUGCACUGUGUGCUCAACCCCAUCCUGUACAACUUCCUCAGCAAGUCCUUCAGGAACAGGUUCUUCUCGGCUGUGGUGCACUAUCUGCCAAAGAACCGUAUAGGCACCAAUAACCAAGAACUGUCCUCCACCACUCAGCAUUCUGUGGUCAUCGAGAACAAAGAGGUCCAAUAGACAAUAAGAGCUCGGUAGGGUGUGGGAUUGCUAGCUCCUAUCUAGAUAGCACUUGGGUAGUGCAGUGGUCCACUCUUACCAAGUUCAGCUGUCAGCAACUGUAUGUCAAUUGCAUGUUUUCUAUCAAAUGAUAAAUUGUCUCUAAUCUGUUAACUUGCAUGUUGUAGCAUGGAUUAGUAUGGCACUAACGCAGCCUCUGACCCUGCCAGCCAGCCAGGUUUCAAGCCAUGAAUUUUUGAAAUCCAAGAACAGUUCAUCACAUCAAUUUUUUUAUUUUUAUUUUUUUAUUAGUAAAACAGAUUUACCUCUGGAAUCGUCCAUUACCGAUUCACCAGCAUUCUAGUCCUGCAUCAGGAAUUAUUGUCAGUUUCUUACACUACACUUUUACCAGUGCAACCCUUGGCGUAGGAGGCUUUGCAGAUUAAUUUUGUACCGGUCUUUGUAGUCCUCCAGAUUUUUAUUUUUUCAUGCACAUGUAAUUUCUGGAAUUUCUAACACUGUUCAGUGUUGAACUAAAUGCAUAAUACAUCUUUUUUUUUUAUUAUUUACGACAAUCUGCUGAAAAAAAUACUCUACGACAGUUACAGAACUUGGUGUGUAAAGUACAAAAGGAAAUGUUUGUUAAAUUCAUAAUUGUCCAAUAUUUGAUUUCUAGCUCUAUCCACCAGAAUGCACAUCCCCCAGUUGUAUUGGUUGUGUUCAAUACUAUCUACUAAAUUACAAAUACUUUUUUUUCAGCAUUGCCACUUGUACGUAAGGGUCACUUUAUAUGUAACAUAUACCAUAUUAAAUAUUGGUCAUAUUACCAGUAUAUUUUAAA